AACUUUUGAAUCUCUACAAAAGUCUUGACAAGAUUGGCCAGAGACCUCAUUUUUUUCGAACAGUCAUUAAGUGUAUAAGUCAUUAUUCAUCAACUAUUGAUAGUGAACUAGUUUCUCGAAAGAAUGAAAUUCGACCAAUAGGUACAAAAUUCGACAGAAUUAAAACCAUUGUUAAGACUGAUUUUACGAGAAUAAAUUCCAAAAUAUUAAAAGAAGAGAAAAAUCCGAAAUUUACCAUCUUCCUCUAAAGUUGUAAAUUAUUUUGUUUCUCCUUCGUCGUAUGAAGGAUAAAUUAAGUUUUUUAACAAGUCCAUUAGAACGAAAGAAAAAUGGUGACAAAAGUGCCAAUGUGUCAAGUGCCACUGGAAUCAAAGUGGCGACGUGGACCAAAUUAUAUUUAUGAAAAAAAUUAUGGAUACGGAAUCAACUAUUACCAACCGAUGAUCGACUAUAUUGAUGAAAAGGAGAACAAUAUCAGAGCCAAGUCAGCAUAUCCCCACUUGCCGUGGUCAGAUGGUCGUGCAUUUUGGGAACACAAGACUGUGAGGCCAUACAGUAGGCAAGACCUUGUGAAACACGCAAUUAACGCCGAAGCAAAGGCCAGAGAGCAUUUGGAAAAUUUUAAGAAGCAGCUCACGUGACGAAGGAAAUAAUUGAGGGCAAAUUAGACACAUUGUCACUGGAAGCAGCUAGAGCGCAAAGGAAAGCUUUUUCAGAGGACGAAAUACAAGAGAUGUCGGGUUUGGAGAUUCAAGCUUUAAGAGAGCUGCAGGAAAUGUCGGCACUUAAUG